AUGGAGCCAUUUCUACUCACCCUGUCCAACGGUGCGGUUCUUUCGGGUCUCGCUUCCGUGCCGGGGAAGAGUAGCAUCACUGCCCGCUGUUAUCCUCUGAUAGUUGGCGUCCACGGGGGAACCUAUACGUCAACCUACUUCGAUGCAGCAUCAAAUCACUCAGCAGCGACAUUCUCGCGACUGCUUGGCGUACCUUUCGUGGCAUUUGACCGACCAGGAUACAGGGACAGCUCAGCCCUAGCAUCGAUAGCCAAAGAUUCGACCUUUUUCCAGGAAGAAGGGAAAUAUCUCCAUCAAUACAUUCUGCCGAAGCUAUGGGAGGAUUACGGUCAACCAGCAGGAGCGACGUCGAUAGUACUCAUGGGUCACUCCUUGGGCUGUUCCGCUUGCAUCAUUGCUGUGUCCCUGCACGCCAGGGAGCCAGAAGCACGGUAUCCGUUGGAAGGUAUGAUCCUUUCUGGCAGGAGCACAACCUCCGCCUUGACGAAGUCGCAGGGCGAAGCGCAAAUGGAGGAGGCUAGGAGACUCGGUUAUGUGGAAUAUCCUCUCGGUGUCAAGGACAUGGUCAUGUUUGGUGACUCAGAGUUGGGUUUGGCGAGCCCGCACAUACGCGGCAUUUCAGACGAGAUCACCCAUCGUGGUAUUCUCGUGGAAUUCGAAGACAGGAGGUUUCAUUGGGACGAUUACUGGAAGGACUAUGCCAAACUGGUCAAGAUUCCGUUGAUGGCGGCUAUUGGAGAGCGAGAUGGGCUGUUCAAAGCUUCCUACGAAGAUCUCAAGGACUUUACUGAAGCCUUCACAAACUCUCCCAGAGUUGAGACUGUGUUCAUUCCAGGCGCGCCGCAUUGUCUAGAAUUGAGUUAUUGGGGUCCUGGAUGGUACUCGAGAUGCUUUGGGUUCGCCAUCGAGUGUGUAACUAGCGCGACAUUGGCCUGA